AUGGGUGAUAUCUAUAGUAGCGCGGCCAAAGUCGUCGUGUACCUGGGGCAGCCCACCGAGCAGACCGAAGCAGGCAUGUCAAACUUGCAAUCUAUCAUGCAAGACUCCGACCACGCACCAUCUUGGUCGACUGUUCCCUUGGCGCAGCUCGAAGAAAGUAUCAAGGACAUUAUCUGCCGCGAGUGGUUCGAAGGCAUGUGGACUGUCCAAGAAGCUGCAUUGGCAAGAAGUACUACGCUGCAGUGCGGCCACUACAAAUUAUAUUGGCGCGGCAAUUUGCGUACUGUGAGGGCGAUGGUCUUCCGAAUCAAAACCGCGGCGAUAUCUCCAUACUACACCCUAAGCAGCGGACGCCGCAGCACGCUCGAUUGGUCCCCGCUUCUCGAUAUACUCGAAACACAGUUAAGACAAGCUUCAAGAAGAGAGGGUAAAGCCUUACAGCGAACUACUCUCGAUCUUGCGUUCGACUUUCGUGACCGGAUUACCACCGUUCCCCAAGAUAGGUAUCUUGCGAUCUUGGCAGUGAUUGAGAAUGAUGAUGGAGCCCGACUGAAGUUUCGGCCAGACUAUACUCUUCCGCUCGAAGAGAUCUAUCAUCAGUUCGUGGUUGAAAUCCAGAGUAUCAACGGUAUCGGAGAUGUUGCGCUGAACAAUGAAUUAUUCUUCGAUUUACGAGCCGCUGGCAAAUGUCGUGAAGAUAAGUUAUAG